AUGAGAGAAGAAGAGAGGGAAUUCGGGCCAGACAGGUUUGUUGGCAUUCUUAAACUUGAAGUAGCUAGUAUCUUGAUGGCGAAGAAAAAGAAGAAGCAACAUCGUCGUGCUGGAACAAACCAUCAAUCACAGCAGUCUAUUGAUAUUACUAAUCAGAUUGAAGUGGUAGGCCAAGUCCGUGCUGAAGAAAACAAUGAAAAUAGUGGUACUAGAAUUGAUGGUGAAAUUAAUCUGUGUGUAAAAGAGAGUGAACAUGAUAACCACUUACAUAGAAUGAAUUUCUAUCCAUUUGCAUACGCGCUUCAUGAUGAUCAGCUUUCAAGCAGAUGCUGGUAUUGUCUUGCUAAAACGGAUAAACUUAAACGUUGUCGCGCAUGUUACAAAGGAUUGUUCUGCAACGAGAACUGUCAAACUUUGGGAUGGAAGGAUCAUCGAUCAGAAUGCAAAGCUUUGAAAAUAGUUAAAAUUGUUCCAAAUAUUGAAGUUCGGUUGCUCGGCAGAAUCGUAGCUCGUUACAAGGCAAUUAAAUUGGGAAAGGACAAAAAUAGCGAUUUCUACACUGAUCGUGUAUCAAAGCGAUCAAUUUUAGAUAUUUGGUCGCAUAUUGAUCGUGUUAGUCAAGAUCCUGCUUCAAUGAAAAAAUUCAAUGAAAUAUAUGGUAAUCUUCUCGCUUUCUAUGGAUCAAAAGCUAUGGUCAGUAGGAAUGAAGUAUUCGAGCUGCACUGCAGAAACUAUAUUAAUCGGCAUGCAAUCAGUGAUUCCGAGUACACUGAAGAAAUUGGAAAAGGUUUAUAUCUGGACUUAUGUGCUUACGAUCAUAGCUGUCGUCCUAAUGCUAUAUAUACUUGUAAUGGCUUUGUAGCUACUUUGAGAAGUCUUACCGACGGAGUUAAUUUGCAGGAUCUUAGUACAACUCAUUAUUCUUAUAUAGAUUUAGUGAAUACGACACAGGAGAGGCGCAUUAUGUUGAGAGAUACAUGGUAUUUUGAGUGUCACUGCGAACGUUGUGAUAGCCCUAAUGAGUCACUCUUGUCAUCCAUCUUAUGUCCGAAUUGUCCAGAGGAGCGCGAACGUUUGUGCUUACAUGGUAAUAUGCCUUGCAAAGAUAAGAUUAGUCAGAUAAUUACUUGUCCAAAGUGCCAUAUGAAAGUACCUCCAGAAUACGUUCUAGAAGCAAUAGCAGCUAUGCGCUCUAUCUCUAGAGUUACAGAAUGUUGCAAUGAGAUGUCAAAGGAGAAAGCAAUUCAGUUUUUAACAAAUUUCAAGAACCGCAUUAGUACAAUUUUACCCAGAAUCAAUGUGUUUUUCUGCAAAAUCAUUCAGUUGUUGAUUCCACUGAUUGAUGCUUCGGAAUCUCAGAAAUUACUAGAUUUACAUCUAGAAUCAGAAGAAUGUGUGCGCUUUUGUUUUCCAUACAAUCACCCUGCUGUCGGUAUUCAUUAUCGGAGCAUUGGAUCUUUUUAUCUAAGAUGUAAUCAGCCCCACCAAGCAUUAAAUUAUUGUAAAAUGGCAUAUGAAAUUUUGAAAUUCACUUUCGGAGUUGAUCAUUCAAUGACGAUGGAAGUAGAUGCCUUAUUGGAAAAUGCAUUGAAUAUGAUAAAACAAUCAAAUAAAUCAGUCGGAGAUGAAAAAGAAGUCAGUGCAACAAGCGGUGCUCCAUCUUCUAGUUCAGUACAUGCUACUAAAGAAUCCGAAGUAAUUGCUAUUGCUGAGGAAGAGGAAUCGACUUCAUCCUGUAAUAUGAAUAUCAUUAUUGAUGCGUGA